AUGGACGAGGAGAGGUUGCUGGAGAACGAGAGGCUUCAGAUCCAACUAAUAAGAGAGCUCGACAUGGAGGAGCUCGAGGUGGAAGAAGUCGACGGGCAUCAUGACCUGUCGUCAGACGAUGAGAGCGACAGUCCAGGUGCACCAUUGCUCCUACUUUCUUCCAUCUCAAUAUGUCCUUCUCUGAUGCCUUUUUCGAACUACUGGCGUCUAGGGUUUCACCGGGUUGGACGACUUCAAAAAUGUUUAUCGAAUUUCACGAUUCCUCUUUCCUCCAUAUCGAGGACAUGCAUCGACUUCUCUUGUUCCUUGCUCGCCGAUGCGUACGUAUAGCCUUGAACGGGUCACAACGUCGCUUUAAUCCACGCAACUUUAGCUCGGUAACUUGAAUACGUGGCGCUGAUGCUGCAUGCAGAAGUGUGCUAUCUUGCUUGCCACUGGUCUGAUAAGGCCUUAGCUGGAUAAAUACGAGAUGUCUCAUUAAGUUUCUUAUUUCUGGAGAGAAGAAUUUUCACGUUCUUAACCUCAUAACUUUCUGUUUUCAAUGGAAAUGCCCUCCCUUAGUUCAACGCGGCAAUUACUUGAGUGUUGGAAUGGACCGGAAUCACCGCAGUUGGAUCCAUAUAAACUAUCUAGGGCUUUCUUUUGUGUAUAUAGGAACUCUUUUGUAAUUAAACUUGUCGAACUCUUUCUUGCAGAAUUGGAACCCAGUGGACCAUAAUCCCUUCACUCCUUUAACCCAAUGAAGUGGAAGUGUAGGGAAUACAAUGUUCAUGGUAAACAUGAAGCAGGAAAAAAUUCGAAAACUUAUUUUUGCCCAUAGGACAAGAUUAUGUCUCUAGUUUCCAAUGCUUCGGCGCAAAACCCAGAAAAUUAUUAUUGCUAUGAAGUAUCUUUGAUUUUUUUACUUCAAGCUGAUUGUUAAUAUGAUGUUUCCUCUCUUACACGCAUAACAAUCUACUACCUGUCAAAAUCUCAGUUCAGUUGCUUGCUUCAGUCCCAAUUUUUACAUGUCGAAAUAUUUUUUUCUUUACAAUCUUUACAAUCUAUUUUUUUUUUCUUUCACCUCAAUCUCAUUAGAUCUGAUUUAACUGAUUCUCUUUCCCGAAAGGGGAAAUGUAGAUGCAGCGUCUGGCUCAUAUGUUGCCUUCAACACAUCUCUUGCUUCUCUGCAUACAUAUUUGGGUGGUAGGUUUAUUCUCUCGUUCUUAUUCCUCUUUCAGUGUGGUCUGUUUUCGUUAGCUCAGUAGCUAUAUGCUCUCAUAUUGUGUCAGAGGUCGACGAUACUUAUGGUAGGAUGACAUCCUUGGAUGGUGGUGAGAUAUUAACCUUGCCGAUGUUUGAUCUUGAAGGUAAGUUUUUUAGUAUUUUUACUAUCAAAUGGUUCAUUAUGAUAUGUAUCGUUUAAUAUAUUCAUGUUCUAUUGUCUCAAUGAACUUGAUUAUGAUAUACCAUCCCAAAAUGCUUCUUGUGAAGCAACAUGUGCUAUCUAUUUAAAGGUUUUGCAAUAAUUGUUUUGGUUGUAGUUAGAUCUUUGUCAUGUGAAGUAGGCAGUGAGCAUACUUUAAACCGUUUGCAUGGUCAUUGAAAAUCGAAUGUGAGAGAGCACGACUUUAGGUUUCAAUGAUCUUGCUUUUGUGGGAAAAAGGCAAAAAUUGGAUUCUUGUGCUUUUGCCUCUGAAAUUUCGAUAUCUGAUUGGCUUUGUUCUCAAAGUGCGGUAUUUGUAGGCCCGUUCAGGACUUCCUUUUUAGGGGUUAUUUCUCGUAAUUUCUUGAGAUAUAACUGGCCCUUAGUGGACUUUAAAGAGUUUAUAAAUGGAAAUAUAAAUUUCAGAUGUUUAGUUAAUUUUAAAUUUGUGAAUAGAAUGCAUCCUCAGAAAAGGAUUAGCCUUGUUUUCUCUAUUUCCUUUUUAUGGAAAAUAAUCACCAUGAAAUUUGUAAACGGAUUUCACUUUUAAUCUCCCAGAUCUUGUCAGAAUUCUUAGGGAGCGACCCUAAGUGUUUCCCCAGUCCUUUGGAGGCCAGUCUUUUUAUGCUUGUCAAACUGAUUCACCCAUUUACAGUCUAGUAUUCUCCCAAGAAAAACUAACUUCUUGAAAACAUAUUACAUAAUUUGUUAAGUUCAUCUGUUUUCCCCUUUGCUGAAUAAAAAAAUUGACCAUUUCUUGCCCAGGUCCUUCCCGCCUCCCCGAGAUAACUCUUUAUUAUUUACUUGUGGAUAAAAAAAUUCAAAACAUUAACGAAUGCUUAAACAACUUGAUCAGUUAAAUGAGUAUAGAUUAGUAUUGUGGCACAGGCAUCAAAAUCAAAUCUUUUUCGUAUCCAGAAAUAAUACUAAUUUAAAUACUACAGCAUCAUCGGGUACAUGAUCAUAUACUUGUGUCGCCUAACAUCAUUAUUGAUAUCUCUUACUUCAUUAUGUAACAUUAACAUCAUUCGUGGAGUUUGUAUUUUAUAUUCUGUAUGUACACAAUUUCUCUCAUAUGACGAAAAUAUAAUUGACUCGCCAUGAAAGUAUGUAUUUUUCAUGUUGAACUUUCGCUGCCUUUUUCUUUUCACAAGAUCUGUGUUCAGUAAGUGUGCUACAUCAUCUGAGGAAUGCCUCAGCUUGAAGUUAGUGAGAAAGGUAUAUUAUGAGCUGCAUGAAUACAAUAUGGGCAAAACAUUUUGUUCCCGGAUGCCCUUCCUGAUGAGAAACCUCUUUAUUAAUUCUUAGAACUAGUAGUAUGAAUGAUGAUCUAUGUUACUACUGUUUAAACCUAUGUUUAUAUUUCUUUGCUAUUAUUAUUCACUAUCUGUAUUGACAGUUAAAAUUAUCAAAACUAAAAUUUAUAGUUUUCAGUCUUUUUUUUGGUUUGUUUUCUUUGAAUGUGGUGGUGUUGCUGAAAGAACCUUCGAUUCAUUUUCAGUUAGAUUGCCAUGCAUGUUUUCACUAAAUUUAAUCAUUGUUUUCACCCAUGAUUUUCGAUAUCAGGGGUUGUUCUGUUCCCAGAUGCUACACUUCCACUGAGAGUUAUUCAACCUAGACUGAUAUCUGCUGUGGAAAGGGCAAUGACCCAGACUGACUCUUGCUAUACGAUUGCUGUGGUAUUCCAUGUUCUUCCUUAAUUCUCUAUAAUAGUUUCUCCAUUUUCUUUCCCUCUAUCUUCUGUCAGACUCAAUUUGACAAAUAUAUAAAUUUUAUGAGAAAACGACAAGUGCAGGUUCGUAUUGUGCGGCAAUCAGUGAGUGAAAGGUUUCAUUUUGGAAGGCCUAAUUUUGCAAGGAUCGGGACAACUGCUGAGGUUUGUGUGUUAGCUAUCCCAUGCUCUUUGUAGAGAGAAAAUAAAAACGCAUUACAAGCAAAAGAAAGAAUGGAGGAUACUGUUAUAAUAUUUUAUUUUAUGUCCAAUUCCCUCCUUGUCAGAGCCGCUAAAGUCUAAAUUCUUGGUGAACUUGGUGGAGUUUUCUUCCUUUUUCAAUGCCCCCAGAGAUGCAUUACCAGGUGCUUGUUAAUAAAAGGAACAUGUGCGACUAGUUUGCACGGCUUCUUGUUUUCAUGGUGCAAGGAGCUUAGUAGAUACUUGUUAACGAACGGAGCGUGAGUAGCUGCUCUAUAUGGCAUCUUGUUUUUAGAUUUACCAGUCCUUAUUUGUGUUUUUAUCAGAAAAGAAUCAGAAGAAUGCAAUUAAGGCAGUCCUGUUCCACAUGUGGACGACAUUGAUGAGAUGCGAUACCAAGGCAGUUUUUCCAACUGGAUGAUUGCGAAAAUUGUUUGGGCUUAAGUUUCUCAAUGGCGAGGACUGGGUACAGAAUUUAGCAGUGUUCCUGAUGGCUGACUACUGUCAUUGGUUCAUCUUUUCAUCAGAUGUUGUACUCAAUUGAAAUAGUUAUCGGUGGUACUACCACACUCUGGGCUUUUUUAGGUAUUCCAUCAAAUUGGGUAAAAUAUUGCCUUCACGGGCAAAACUUGCAUUUGUCAAGCAAUAUCGGAAAGGGUACAUCAGAAUCCAGAUUUAAUGUUGGAAUGAUGUCCCCACUUCUAAUUGCAUUCUCACGGACUUCACUCACAUAUGGCAGAACCAGUGAAGAGCAGAUUGUGGAGGUAGGGGGUUCAUUUCGGUAAUAAAUUAUGGGUACAGAUCAGGAUUUAUGGUUUCUAACUAAGCCCUUGUUUAGUAGAUAUGAGAAAAAUGAAAUGGGAAAACAUAGUUGUUGUCAGAGGUUAUGAAGGAAACAUAAAAGUAGGCACUAUGAAAUGUUGUCUCUAAUCUUGAGCUUGGGGAUGGAAGAUCUGUUCUUUUAGGUAGUGUUGGGAAAUACCAUAAUUAAUGAAGCCUCUGUAAAAGCAAGCCUUUUCUCAAUUAGUGCUGAGAAUUUUGUAAACCAGUGAAUUGCCACAUGAUUGAGGGAAUGUCUCUUCAAGAAGGUUCCGAUUGACUGAAAGUGUGUAGGUUGACUCACCUGACCCCGCUAGUUCCUUCAGCUGACGAGGUGAUUCUCCAUGAAUUGAUUGAUGGAUGUUGUAUCUUUGACAAGGGCUAGGUAGACGAGUAUGUUGCUGUGGUUCGCUGUCACAUUAUCCCACUAAUUUAUCAUGGGCAUUUGGGAGAUGCCUGCCUGUUGCCACAAACAGUAGAGUUACUACUUCGCCGAAUAUUAGUUUUCACGGGGAAUCUAGGUAGUUCUGUGAUUAGAGACGGUUUACAAGUCUCUCCUUUUAUUGUAGGUAGAUCAAUAUGAUUUGGGUAGAUGUGUGUUUCUUGGUUUUCAUUAUUUUCUCUCACAUGGUUCAAUAGAGGAGCCGUAUGGGGAAAGGAGAUGAUGUCCAAAAGAUGCACAUGAUCCAGAGAAGAUAAAAUAGCUUCUGUAGGAGCUGCAUUUUUUAAAAAAGUGUUUGAUUAGUAUUUUUAUCAUUUUAUAUUUUGAUGGUCUUCCCAAUUUCCCUAAUUUUCCCCUUUUUAUAAUUUUAGUUUUGAUCCAGUUUACCGUAUAUCUUCAGUAGUAAAUAGCCUGGCUAAUCUGGAGCUAGGUCGGCUUUGUUGACUCUAGUAUCCAAACCAAUUCGAUAACUCUUUUGUCACCCACAAUUUGCUUGCUCUUCAAGUUACAAGUUUCUCAAGUACCAGAAGCAUAUGCGAGUGUCUGAAGUAGUCCUCCAAGCAGCCAUUUACGAUUACCUGGGAAACCAGUGUUUUUGCUCUACAUCAUUGGACUAUUCUCGUUUCUUGGUUGCAACCGUCAAGACUUGCUAUGAGUUUUUUUAUCUGGCUGUUAAUAUUCUUCUGCUACCGUCUUAUGCAAAAUUUUGUACUUGACUUAAUCCUAUUAAGGAUCUGAACUUUUCUAUUCAUUGCUCAUACUUAUGGUGUCAUUUCGGUUCAUAUCUUCAUUGCUAGAAUAAAUAAACACAAUUAUUAUCUGCAAUCAAUUGUCCAUUCGAAAACAUAGGUGCUGGAUUGAAUCAUCCUCUAUCCCCUAGCUGAGGAAAACUGGACUUAUUGACUGCUCUUAAAAUUCUUUUGUCAUUUUCUGCAAACUUGUCUUCUAAUCCUUUCUUAGUUCUGCGUUUCUGCGAUUUCAGUGCAAUGUCUCUUGUACCUCCUAUGAUCUUAGAAACACUUGAUAUUUUCAAUAUGCCUCUUAGAUUCGUCAAUUUAAACGUUUGGAAGAUGGUUCGUUAAACGUGGUUGCUCGCGGUCAGCAACGAUUUCAUUUACGGCGCUGUUGGAUCGAUGCUGACUUGGUGGUAUGAAAAGUUCAUUGCUCCAAUUGAACAGGGGAGGAUAGCCACCCUUCCUAUUGUUUUUCUAUGACGAACUAGUGAUAUACUAGUCUUACUAUCUUGCAGCCGUGUGCUGAGCUCCAAAUUAUUAACGAAGAUGAACCUCUACGAACUCCUAGGGAUGCUUUUGCACAAUUGGCUUCUGUCGCCAAUCCUUCACAUGGCCAUAGAAUAUCACAUGCAUUGCCAUCAGAAGCCUCACCAGGCAAAUGUCAAGAUGACGAUGAAGAAAAUGAUUGGGAGCGUACGUAUGAUAUGAGCCCUUUAUGUGAUCAUUCAGCCAGAGAUAUGAGGACUCGUCUGUCAUUAAUUGAUUCUCCAAGUGAAUAUGGAGUCUCUGAAUAUUGUACAAGUAGUGAUGAUGAUUUUGAGCAAGAAAGGAAGCAGAGGUUGAAAAGCUGUCAGCGUGAUAGUCCUGACGAAUUAUAUCAGCAGCAGAAGCAUGGAAGAAUGUGUGAUUCUGGCGGCACUAUCCCUCUUGUCAGAAAAGAAUCUCUUCCUUGUAAAAUAUCUACCAUGCGUGAAGGGCAAGAAAGAUGUUGGGCUAUCAACGGGACAAAACGUUCAUAUCAGGCCCCAUUGUCUUUCUGGUCCCACUGGGUCUACCGAAUGUACGAUUCAUUUGCUCUUGCUCGGAGAGCUGCAGGUAAUACUGGCAUUUCUUUUUGAAUUCCUUUACCUCAUCCCUCCCAUACAGUUAAUUUGGAGUGUUCCCGAAUGACUUAGCGAAUUACACACUAACCUGAAUGUUUGCUCUCUAGGCAACAGGGUCUCAAAUGUUGUGUUUUUUCUUGUACUUAGUUGUUGUUUCUGGUCAUACAGCCUUGCACCUUCAUAUCAUACUCAGUUCAUGGAAAAUAGGAAACGAUUGUAUGAUGGCUGAUAAUUUCAUUGGCCUUCAAGAAAGGACAAUUUCCAUGAAGCUCGAGGAUAAGCAAACAUCCUCUCACUGUUAAUGAUUGAUUAGUGGGUUAAUGAACUUCUCAAAUGUUUUUUAAAACACAAGAUCAUGUCUAAUCUGUGGACUGAUGGAAUCAUAUCAAAGUCCCAAAUAGCUCCAUGGUCAUUACUUGUCUACAAUUAAUUUUGAAUUCAAAUCCUUGUCAGAUAUGCCCUGGGCGGAUCAGACAUUUAAUGUUGUAGGUCUUGUAUUCUAGGUUAACCUACGUCUUGUACCUUACUGUUGUGAAAUUAUUGAUGAUAGGCAAAGUGGUACCUCUGAUAUCUGAUGUAGUAAAAAAUGAUUCUGAUGCAAACACGUAAGCUAUUCUUCUAUCUAGUGAAAGUUUUAAUUAGGAUAUAAUUAAUGAUUUUUAAUGGCGAAACCACUGUCCGUUCAGGUAUUUUCACUGUUCGUCCUUUUUUUUACAGCAUGAUUUUUGCAUUGUAUGCGUUGCUAGGAUUUUUUUUUUUUCUUUGAAAAGACUGAUACAAGGAUCAGACGUCAACUGCUUAAAUCAGGCAUGCUCCAGACCUGUUAUGCCAGCAUGCUGGCGGUGUGAUACCCAGCAGACGCAUGCUGCUCCAGCUACACAUUGCCUUCGUACAUAUUGAUUUCCUGUCUGUAAUGGGUGCCUAUUUCAUAUUUGUGGAGAUUCUCAGGAUUCAUUAAUAUAGAAGAUAUUAAUUAAUAAUAAAGAUUUAUAAGAAAUAAAAGAAACUCUACUACGAGAAGCUUCCAAUAAAACCUGUCUGCAUUCGAAUCGGUUCCGGAUUCGAAGAAACUAAGCUAGCAGUUAGUAUGCUCUUCAUGUUCGGCAGCUCUGUUCUCCUAGUGAUCCUGUUCCUUUGGAAAUCACUGGCUUGCAGAUAUGUGGAAGCAGAUAAUCGGAGCUCCUAGCAUGGAUAGUCUUGUUAAAAAGCCAGGUCUUCUGUCGUUUCAUAUUGCUAGCAGGCUUCCUCUCUCGGAGUCCACAAGACAGGAACUUCUGGAGAUGCAUGGAAUCUCAUACAGAUUGCAGAAGGAGAUUCAGCUGCUUGAGCGCUUUGAUCGUGUUCGCUGUAAAAGUUGCCUGGUAAUCUCUCUCUACUGUUCAAAUAUUCCAUUAAAACCUUUCUGUCUACUAUGAAGAUUUUCUAAUGAAACCAAUUAUCUCCCUCCCCACCUUCCCCUUCUUCUCAGACAUUGAUAGGAAAGCGACGUGAUAUGGUGGUAAUGUCCGCCGAUGGGCCUCUCAACGCAUACGCAAACCCAGGUGGCUACGUGCAUGAGAUCAUGACUCUGACCCGAGCAAGUGGGCUGGCGCUUGAAGGCUCUCCUGUGAAAGAACACAGCUGGUUUCCCGGGUAUGCAAUAUGGUCUUAUGCAUUGCCUUCACCACGGACACACAGCCACCGCCUCUGCCACUUGUAGUUUGGUUGGUGGGAUGCCCUUAGAUUUGAUGCAUUUGUUUAUGACUCCUAAGAUCAUUCAUUCCGGCCAAGUCUGCAGAUUGGGACGACCACCGACCGCCUCUUUUAAUCCUUUUUCUGCGGGAUCCCCCCGCCCUUGCCCUUGCAGGUACGCUUGGACCAUCGCCAAAUGUGCGGCAUGCGAAUCUUACAUGGGGUGGCUUUUCACGGCGGCCAGGCCGAGGCUGCGACCCAAGUCCUUCUGGGGCAUCCGCAGCUCCCAAGUUCUGGACGACACGGCCGAUCCACGCCACGAUUAA